ACCAACUUUGUCAUAUUUAUCACCACAAAUCACUCUCGCAGUAUUCAGAGCUUUCUUUCUUCUUCCUACUUCUUCCUCUUCUUAAUGCAUCCUUAAGUCUUCCCAUCAGAUCUCUCUCCUGUCACACUCUUACUCUGAUUUCUUGAGGUAAGACAACAACAAAGCUAGAUAUGGAACAGUAUGAGAUUCUUGAGCAAAUAGGUAAAGGAUCUUUUGGGUCAGCUCUUCUAGUGAGACAUAAACAUGAGAAGAAAAAAUAUGUAUUGAAAAAGAUUCGUCUUGCCCGGCAAACUCAAAGGACUCGACGAUCAGCACAUCAAGAGAUGGAGCUCAUAUCGAAAAUGCGUCAUCCAUUUAUUGUGGAAUACAAAGAUUCUUGGGUGGAAAAGGCUUGCUAUGUGUGCAUCGUCAUAGGUUAUUGUGAAGGAGGGGACAUGGCAGAAGCCAUCAAGAAAGCCAAUGGCGUGCAUUUUCAAGAAGAGAAACUGUGCAAGUGGCUUGUUCAGCUUCUUAUGGCCCUUGAGUACUUACACUCAAACCAUAUUCUUCAUCGCGAUGUCAAGUGUUCUAACAUAUUCUUGACCAAGGAGAAAGAUAUACGCCUUGGUGAUUUUGGGUUAGCCAAGGUUCUAACAUCUGACAAUCUCACUUCCUCUGUUGUUGGGACUCCCAGCUAUAUGUGCCCUGAGCUUCUAGCUGAUAUACCUUAUGGUUCUAAAUCUGACAUUUGGUCUUUAGGAUGCUGUAUAUAUGAAAUGGCUUAUCUUAAGCCGGCAUUUAAAGCAUUUGAUAUGCAAGCACUGAUUAAUAAGAUAAACAAGACGAUUGUAUCUCCGCUCCCCGCAAAAUAUUCCGGUUCAUUCCGAGGUCUUGUCAAAAGCAUGCUGCGAAAAAACCCGGAAUUUCGACCAUCUGCUUCAGAUUUACUUAGGCAUCCACAUCUUCAACCUUACAUUCUAGAUGUCAAGCUCAGGCUCAAUAACUUGAGACGCAAUACAUUACCACCUCAGUUACCAAAUUCCAAGAAUAUAAUCAAGAAAGCUCGUUUUUCUGAACCCGCUGUCACUUGUCCGGCUUUUGGGGAAAGACGACAUAGUUCUUCUCUCUGGAAUGAUAGAGCUUUGAAUCCAGAAGCUGAAGAAGACACUGCAUCUUCUAUCAAAUGUAUAACUCGUAGGAUUUCAGAUUUAUCAAUUGAGAGCAGUAGUAAAGGAACAGUGAUAUGUAAGGAAGUUGCUUCAAGUGCAUCUAAGGUCUUCAAGUAUCCUCUGGCAAAAACUUCAGUUACAUCAAGAAGAAUCAUUGAAACUGGAAGGAGAUUUGAACACUUGCAUCCAGUUUCAGGUGGUACCACCAGCAAGAUAGUUUCUACAGCUCGCCGGACUUCUCUACCAUUCACGAAAAGGGCAACAACUCAAGAAGCUGCACCAUACAAUCCAACAGUUGGGAUCUUGCAGAAAGUGAAGUCACCAGAAUAUUCUAUUAAUGAGCCACAAGUUGAUAAGAUUGCUAUUUUUCCAUUAGCUCCUUAUGAACAGGACAUCUUCUUUACACCCAUGCAAAGGAAAACAUCUUCCAAAAGCUCCUCUAUCUCAGACCGUUCUAUAACAAAAGACAAAUGCACAGUUCAAAUAUGUAAAUCAGGUUCUGAUUAUAUCACGAGCGAGGGGUCAUCGUCACCUAAUCAGAAUGCAACUGCUGGUGCAUCAAGCCAGACUACAUCGUCGAAUACAAGAAGAUGUCGGUUUGAUCCAUCUUCGUAUCGCCAACGUGCUGAUGCUUUGGAGGGGUUGCUUGAGUUUAGUGCUAGAUUGUUACAAGAAGGGAGAUAUGAUGAACUCAAUGUGUUGCUUAAGCCUUUUGGCCCAGGUAAGGUCUCUCCUAGAGAAACUGCUAUAUGGAUAGCAAAGAGCUUGAAGGAGAAUAGAGACAAGACAAAAACUGUUGGUCUGAAUGUUUAUAGAGAGAUACCACAUGUGGGUCUCCUCUGACAAGCUUCACUUUUGUCUUAAUGUUUUGGUUUAGCUUGUUAUGCUUUUGUAGAGUUGGUUAGUAGGUUGUAUAUAAACUCUUUGCUUGAGCCGAACUGGUAGCUUUGCUUUUUUAGAUAGGGCUAACACUUUUCUUGACUUCUGUUAAUUCAAGCUUCAAAAAGGUUUCCAAUGUCUAUAUUUUUUCCUUGCUUU